UGCCUAAUUAGAAUAAAUUUAGGCUCACUCAUCUUCAUACCCCGGCGGACGACGAUAUUUUCACUUAUUUAGUUUUAUUUAAUUUUUAAUUAAACUAAAUAUGAGGCCACUAUAUGCAUUUUUGUUGCUGGCCCUUUUGUGCGCCUGCCAAGUGCGAACUCAGGAGUUUGAAGAUGCCAAUGACAAUGAUUUUGCCGAAUUCGAGGAUGAUGAUGAAUUCGUGGAGGCCAGUUUUGAGACAUCACCGACAGCCGAGAAUGCAGAGACUAUAACAGCAGAGGGUAGAGGUGGUGCUGGAGCUGGACCUGGACCCGGAGCGGGAGAGGCAAAAUUGAAACCACCAAGUGCCAGCCGUAUUGAACAAGAUGAAGAUGAGGAUGGCCUGGUCGAGGAUGAUGACGAUGAGUUUGAACAUUUCCAAGACGAAGAGGAAUUCGAGGGCUACGAUGGUGGAGAUGGAGUCAAGGAGGCGCCAAUAGAUCAAAAAACAGAACCCAAAUUGAAUAUACCCAACAUACCAUUACAUUUCCGCACUCAUUGGGACUCGUAUUGGAUGGAAAUGUUAAUGGUGGCUGGAUUGUUGGCCUAUUUUGCCAAUUUCUUUGCUGGAAAGGCAAAAAAUGCUCGUUUGGCUCAACUCUGGUUCAGCACACACAAAGCUCUUCUGGAGGAUAACUUUGCUUUGGUUGGCGACGAUGGCAAAGUGGAGAUUGAGAAUCCUGGCUUGGUCAAGGAGAGCGAAAGUCUCUACACUCUGUGGUGUUCUGGACGCACAUGCUGUGAGGGCAUGCUGGUGGAGUUGAAGAUGAUCAAGCGUCAGGAUUUAGUUUCUUUGUUGGCUGGUCUAAUGCGUCCCCAGUUGGAUCAAGCUCAUAUCAAAAUUGAAUUGACAAAAGGUCUAAUGGAUGGAUUUGUUUUUGCUGUCGGCACCAAAAAGACUAUUGCUAAGGUCUUUAAGGAAUACACAGAUUUGAGCAAAUUUUGUAGUCUAGUCGCUAAGCCUGAGGAUCGUUAUAAUGUUCCAAGCGGUUUUGGUGUUCUCUCUGAAAUCCCCGAGGCCACAUCCUCCAUAUUGGAGUCACGUAUUAUCACUGCACUAAAUAAAUACCAAAGCUAUAUCGAUUACCUGCACAUUUCGGAUCAAUUCAGUGGACCCAUCCAACAGGAGGAGGGACAAUCGACCCUCAAACAGCCCGAGACGAAAGCUGUUCUCUUGGCUGGCUUCAAUCUGCCUAAGCAUGCCGAAAUGGAAACUAUUAAGCCAUUGUUAUUGUUGAUAUUUUAUCUAAUGGAACGUUUGAAGACUUAUCGCAUGUCCAAGGAGGGCAAAUCCAAAUCGGACAAGAACCGUCUUCGUGUUGAGGAAGAAUUCCUGAAGAGCACUCAUGCUGCUCGCGCUGAAGCCGCAGCUCAGCGACGUGAGGAUAAGCGUAAACAGGAAAAGGAGCGUGUCCUGGCCGACGAGGAUCCCGAAAAGCAGAGACGCUGGGAGCUUAAAGAACAAAAACGUCAGGCCAAGAAGAAUGCCCCGAAAAUGAAGCGUUUGGCUGUUAAAUCGUUGUAGACAUUUCCGAUCUCGGAAGUAGAACUACUCUGCUGCUCCGCCUAAUAUUUUUUUCCCCUAAACCAAUUUGCCAUUUGUAGUUGUUCCUCAAAUGCCACAUCAAAGAAAUAAAAGCAAUAUUUAUAUAUAUUUGCUUCCUAUGGAGCGCAAGAAAAA